AUGUAUCCGCGUCCAAAUCAAAAUAGAAAUUUUAAAGCUAAUACUGUUAAAAGUAAUUACUCAAGAAUUAGUAAAUACUCAUCCUUUUAUGAGAAAUCUUCAUCAAUAAAUCUUGAAAAUAUUAAUCAUUUUAUUGAAGAAGAAAAGAAUGACAAAUAUUUAGUUCAAAUUGUUGUACCUAAAUUUUGUAAAAAUUUAAAAGCACUAUCUAAAUCUGAAAUUUUUAAUUUGAUUCAUAAAAAAAUUAAGAAUUCAAAUGUUUUUAUACCAAAAGAAAUUGAUUUUAAAAAAUAUUUUGAACAAUUAAACAUUCCACAAAAUAUAUUUAAUAGUAUUAUGAUAAAUGAAAUAUAUAAUGCUAUGAAUGAUAAUUGUAAAUUAUCACUAGUUUCAAUAAAAAAUAAUUUAGGUUUACAAAAUACAAUGUUAAAAAAAUAUGAAUUUGAUGGAAGUGAUGAAAAUGACAAUUAUUCAAUAGACUCUUUUUAUAAUGAUAAAAAAACAAAAAAAAUAUAUAGUAGAGAAAUGGAUAUGAUAAAUCAUAUGAUGCCAGAAGUACCAAAUAAUAUUAAUAAAUAUGUUUUUAAGAAGAAAGGACAAACAGGAUAUAAUAAAAAUAACGAUUUUGAAAUAGAAAAAAAUUUUUGUUUAUCUUCUACUGAAAAUGAACAGUUUGAUAAAGAUAAGCAAGAAUUUAAUGACAAUUCUGAUAUUUGUUCAAAAAUUGUCAAAGAUACAAUAAAAGAUAAUUCUUUAACUUUUCAAAAUAUUAUUCCUAUUAUUUCAACAUUAUCCAAAACAAAUUAUCAAAAUGUAUUGGAACGUGAUAAUUCACCAAUUAGAAGAACUUUAUCAAGCUCAAUUUAUGUUCCAAGAAAGAUUAUUGAUUCGAGAAAUUUAAAUGUUGAAAUUGUUAAUGUUAUUUCUCCAUCAUUUAUUUAUGUUCGAGAGAUUAAUCAUAUAGCUAAAAAUCUUACAAUUAAAGUACCAAUGGAUUUAAAAGUAAUAAAAAGUGAAAUGGAAGAUAUUAUUCAUUAUAAUGCAGAUGAAUUAUUUAAAAUUCAAAAUUGCAAUGAACCAUUUUUAUGGAGAUAUUGUAUGGCUCCUUUAGAUGAAAAAAGUUUAGGAAGAGCAAGAAUAAUACAAAAAAUGGUUGCUAAUAAUAGUGAUAUAAAUUCAGAUAUGAUAGAUAAUUUAUUUGUUAAAGUAUUUUUUCUUGAUUAUGGUACAACUACUUGGGUAUAUAUAAAAUGUUGUUAUUUGUUUCCUUAUCCUGAAUGGUAUUCAUAUCCACCACAAGUUAUUCCAAUUACAUUAAUUGAUAUUGCUCCAAAGUAUGAAAUUGGAAACAUAUUUGAAAGUACUUAUAAAUGGAAGCUUUCUAUUUGUAAUGAAUUGUCAAAUAUUAUUAGUAAAUUCAAAAAUUUUGAAGUUUCUAUAAUUAAUGUGUAUGCACAAAAAAUAAAUAAACUUUUUACAUAUGGUGGAUAUUUAUAUGGAUGUGAAAGUAUUUUUGAUGAGAAUAAUGAUCAAGAAAAUAUUACUAAAGUUAACAUAUCUUCUGCUCUUAUUUGGAAAUGUUUUGAUGAAAUUUUACAUAAAGAUAAUAAUAGUUACUUUGAAGCUCCUAAUAUAUAUGAUGUUGAUGUAGAAUAUAUUGUUGAUUUUAACUCUUUACCAAAUUAUUUGAAAAAUGAACACAAAUUAGUUAGAAUAGCUAAUAUUAUUACAACAAAGAAAAUGUCUGAACAUUUUACAGAUGAUAAUUACAAAAAUAACAGAAAGAUUCGUAUACCUCCAUUACUCGUAUCAUUAGAUGUAUGGCCACGAGGAAAUUUACCAUGGGACUAUGAUACACUUGUUUAUUCUGGUUUUGUUAAUAAUAAUACCAUAGGAUUCAUAGUAAAUGAUUCAUCAUCAAAUAUAAAUUGUUUUAGUUUCUCAGUUAUUCCAAUAUUAAACUAUCAAAUAGAACAAAGUUUUGUAGAAGAUAAUGUUAUUUGUAAUCAAAUAGAUAAAAUAUUAAAAGCUAAAAAAAUGGUUGAAGAUGUUUUGAAUGAUUUCUAUCGUAUUAAGGAAAAUCGUAGAUGUUUUAAUUGGGAAUAUGUUCAAGGAAAACUUGAACUUUAUGAACCGGUAAACUGUAUAGUUGGUCUUAUGGAUGAAAAUUAUGGCUAUAAUUUUAAUUGUCGUCGUGCUAGAAUUCAUUAUUUAAUUGAAAAUUUUGCUGAAGAAUUUGAUUUAUAUUUUAAAGGAAUUGUUCCAACACAUCGUAAAAAACAUAUACGUUAUGUAAUUGUUGAAUUAUAUGAUUAUGCUGAUGUUAUUGUUGUUCCAACAGAUUCUAUCUGUCAAAUUCAUCCAAUGCAUGAUAUUAUCAAUCCUUUUUCAUUAAGAAUGUGUAUGGAUUAUGAUAUUGGAAAUAUACGAUUAACAAAAAUUAAAAAACUAGGUAAAUUAACUUCACCAGAAGUGAUUAGUUUAAAAAAAAUCUUAUCUGAAAUUGUUUGUAUUGGAACACCUAAACGUGCAAUUCUCCAAGGAGGUCCAAGUGUUGGGAUGAAAAAAAGGUAUAAAUUUGAAUAUUUUAUACAUCCAUGGAAAGAUCCAUUUUCAUACAAAAUAAGAUAUAUCACAGAAUUAUGGUCUGAUAAAACAAUAUUUUUAGAUAAAAAAAUAUUUUUAUCAAAUCAAUAUUUUAAAAAUUUACACCACUGCACUAAACUUGAAUAUUUACAACAAUUUAAUAAAAUUCCUACAGUACCAAAUUAUAACAAUCAAAGAUCAUAUUCAAUUCAAAAGAAAAAAAGUCUUUUGACAAAAGGUAUUACUCAUUUAAAAACUUUUCAAAGUUAUAAUUUAAAAAAAAACUAA